AUCAUUUUUUAUUCUUAUUUUUCUUCCUUCUUCUUCUCCCUGUUUUCUCUGCAUUUUCUAGUCAUUUUCUUGCAUUUCCUCUACUAUCAAGCAGUGCUGUCACUCACCACCACACACCAUACAAAGCAAAGCAAAUUAUUAGCACACAAGCCAUGGAAGACACACUGCUAUACGCAAUCCUUUCCUUUAUCAUCUUCCUCUUUGCUUUCAAAUUCUUUACCAAAGCCAAAACUCCCUACAAAAACCUCCCACCAGGUCCACCUUCUCUCCCAAUCGUUGGCCACCUUUAUCUCCUGAAACCUCCAGUCCAUCGAACUUUCCACCGCCUGUCACAAAAAUACGGCCCCAUUUUCUCUCUCUGGUUCGGUUCCCACCGUGUGGUUGUAGUGUCAUCGGCCACCGCGGUUCACGAAUGCUUUACCAAGAAUGACAUCGUCCUUGCCAACCGCCCUCAGUUGGUCCGCGGCAAACACGUGGCAUACAAUUACACGACCAUGGUUGCAGCCCCAUACGGCGAUCACUGGCGCAACCUCCGCCGCAUCGGUUCCAUCGAGAUCUUCUCGGCGAGCCGUCUCAACAUGUUCCUAAGCAUCCGAAAGGAUGAAGUCAAGCGCUUAUUGUUUAAGCUUUCUCAAAACUCGGUACAAGAUUUUAAAAGAGUGGAGAUGAAGUCCAUGCUUUUGGAGCUGACCUUUAAUAUCAUCAUGAGAAUGGUGGCUGGCAAGCGGUACUACGGCGACGAGGUGUCGGAUGAGGAGGAAGCAAGGCAGUUCAGAGAGCUGAUGAAGGAGAUUUUUGAGACUGGUGGGGUAUCGAAUCCAGGAGAUUUCCUGCCCAUCUUGAAUUGGCUCGGCAUUGAUGGUUUUGAACGCAGUACGAAGAGACUUGCUAAGAGGAGCGACCAGUUCUUGCAAGGCUUGAUUGAUGAGCAUCGGAACAGUAAAGAGAGUAGAAACACCAUGAUUGAUCAUUUGCUUUCUCUGCAACAAUCACAGCCUGAGUACUACACUGACAAAAUUAUCAAAGGGCUUAUGCUGGUAUUGCUACUAGCUGGGACAGAUACAUCAUCGGUGACAUUAGAAUGGGCAUUGUCCAAUCUACUUAACCAUCCCCACACCUUGACAAAAGCUAAAAUUGAACUCGAUGAACAAAUUGGGCAACAACGUUUGCUGGGUGAACCAGACGUAUCCAAACUACCAUACCUCCGAAGCAUCAUCUCCGAAACCCUUCGAUUGUACCCAGCAGCACCGUUGCUUCUUCCACAUUACAGUUCCGAGGAUUGCCAAGUUGGUGGAUACGAUGUGCCGCACGAUACCAUUGUAUUGAUUAAUGCAUGGGCGAUACACAGAGACCCUGAGCAGUGGGAAGAUCCAGAAAGUUUUAAACCUGAAAGAUUUGAAGUUGGUGAUCAUGAAGAUCAUAAGCUAUUGCCGUUUGGCAUUGGAAGGAGGGCGUGUCCCGGAGCUGGGCUGGCCCAACGCGUAAUGAGCUUGACAUUGGGUUCCUUGAUUCAGUGCUUUGAAUGGAAAAAAGUUAGCGAGGAGGAAAUUGAUAUGAGUGAAGGAAAAGGAACCACUAUGCCCAAAGCUGUUCCGUUGGAGGUCAUGUGUAAAGCACGUCCUAUCAUGAACCAUGUUCUCUUGGAGUCUAUGGACAAAAUUUAGAGAUUAUGUGAGGAGCUUUAGAUUUUUAUUAUUUAUAUCUUCCAACAAUUGGUUAAUAUAUAUAUAUAUAUAUAUAUUAAUUUUCUAUUGACAUCUAGUACCAGUAAGGUUUUUUAUUUAUUUAAUAUUCAUUUUGUAAGGUCAUAAACAUAAACAAAUAUUGUUGCAUGGGUGUAAUAAUAUAUAAUUCCUUUUC